AUUGUGACGUAAUGGCUGCGUACCCUCCCCUUAAUCAUCCGGUUGAGUAUAAAAGAAGAGCCCUCCAGUCGGGUUGCAAGGCCUCUAUUCUCCAAUCACCGAGCUACUCAAUUUCCGAUACGCCAAUUCUUUCCGAUUAUCUACUUUUCUAAAACAUGUCCAGCAACAAGAAUGUUCACGUAGUUGAUGCCGUCAUCUAUGACCACAAGGAAAUUCAAACUUACUACGAACAAUACCUUGCUAAUGAUGGGAAGCCGACAGAGCAACAGAAAUGGGUCAACCAAUUGUUCUGGGAAAUCGCCAGACACUCAAUUGCUGAGGAGUUGAUCGUGUACCCUGCUCUUGAAAAACAUGUAACCAACGGCAAGGCCAUUGCCGAUAAGGAUCGCCAAGAGCACCAGCAAGUCAAGAACGACAUUUACGAACUCCAGAAGAAGACGGCUGGCAAGGACGCUGAUUUCGAUGCACUCUUGGCCAAAAUGAUGAGGGAAUUGCGUCAACAUAUCCAGGAAGAGGAGACUGAAGACUUGCCAAAACUGAGAAGUGCAUUGCAAAAUGAGGAAGGCACGAAGCUAGGACGAGAGUUCCAGAUGACAAAAAAGUUUGUUCCUACUCGCUCUCACCCCUCGGCCCCCGACAAGCCACCAUUCGAAACUGUGGUUGGCCUUCUCACCGCCCCAUUGGACAAGCUUCGUGAUAUGUUUAGUAAAUUCCCCACCCAGGAGGAACUUAAGGCAGUGGAGCCUUAAAUGUGCCCAUAUGGUCAUGGUUUAUAGGAUUCUUGUAUUCAUAGUUUUGUAAGAAUGAACAUUUUUUUCAUAUUCGUA